AUGCUAUUACUCCUUCUCUCCAUGUUUUGCGUUUUGGAGCACAGUGUCGAAACAGACGAGAUUUCGUGUAAUGGUCUUCUGUUUGAUCAUGUUUAUUACGACAGAGAAUUAUUACUGGAAAACCUUGGAAGACCAUAUAAUUUGGUCGUGCAUAAAUUUUCUGCGACGCUCUUUUUUAGCCAUACGGUACAGAAAGGGACUGAAGUCGAUUUUGAAAUAAUGACUUUUGAUUUGAAUAAAAAUUUUACCAAUGUUGUUGGUGGAGUACCAGGCGGAUAUGCCAUAGCAUAUGAUCCCGGAAACGAUGAUAUUUAUUUUGGUGGACACGAUGGUAUAUAUAAAUACAAUUUCCUAACCAAAUCGGCUGAAUUUUUCGCCGAAGAAGGGAAAUCUAUAUGGGGUUUGUUUAUUAGGAAAAAUUUCUACUACAUUGAAUAUCCAACACAGAAGCUACACGUUUAUAUUGAUGAUAAAUUUGUGCAAGUGGCCGAAGCCGUGAACAUCGAAGUUGACAAUUUCUUUACGACGAAGCGUUUUGACGUAUAUUUUUCGAAUAAAACUGCUCUUUACAAAGUUGAUAGGUUCACUCAAAGUCCUCUAAUAUUAAAUGAUGAUAUUGUUGUAAGACAAAUAGUCGAAGAUGGUUUUGGUGAUGUAUAUAUAGCUGGCAACAAUGGUAUAUACGUGGAGGAUAAACCUUAUAAUAGAAUUAAAAAGGUUGCAAAUAUGGAUCAUUUAUUUGGUAUGACGUUUGAUCAAAAUGAUCAUAUUAUUUACUCGGAUAAAAAUACUAUUUACAGACUUAUUCCGAGUAAUAAUAGUAAUGCAUGCAGAAGACUUCUACCUCCAGAAAUAGACAGUUUAAUGCAAGGAUUCGAAGCCAUUUGA